CCGCUGCUCUCCCACGCCGAAGGAAAACAAUCGGCGAUGCCGGUGACUUACUCGCGCGCCUCGGAUGCGUCGCACCAGCGGCGCCACCUGCAUCCGCAUCAGAAGUCGCGCAAGUAUUCACUGCAAGAGGGCGGAUCGGGAGGUGGAGGAGGUGGGGGUGAAAGACGGGUGUCCAUACCACCCGCGGAGGAGCCGCUGGCCGAAACAGACCGCGAAGAGUUAAACGCGCACCGUAGCGAUGAUCCGCGCGCCCUACGCCGGCACCUCAUACACCCGAGGGGCUCAAUUGUACACGUUGGUCGGAGCGACGGCGGCGACAAGGCCCACGAGUUUCUGCCCGACGCCACCUAUAAGAAGAUGUACGAUCACAGCCCACACUCGGUGUUCGUCCAGCUAGACGAGCUCCAAGCGGGCGAUGACGGGGAGGUUGAGUGGCGUGAAACGGCGCGCUGGAUCAAGUACGAGGAAGCGGUGGAGGAAGGCUCAGCGCGUUUUGGGCCACCCCACGUGGCCAGUCUGUCUUUCCACUCGUUGCUUAACCUGCGCCGCUGCCUCGAAACUGGCGUGGUGCUCAUGGACCUCGACGAACGCGACCUGCCGGGCGUCGCCUACAGGGUGGCGGAGAGCAUGGUGGCGGAAGGCCUUAUCGGAGCUGAUGACGAGCCGGCGGUGAUGCGCUCGCUGCUAUUGCGGCACCGGCACGUGCACGACGGUCGUCCGCGCUUCUCUAUCAGUGGCGCAAUCCGAAAGCAUUCCUCGUACACCAGUUUGCAGUCGCUGUGGAUGGAAGAAAACAAUGCAACCCGUGCGCGAUGCUCGCUGUGCUCGGCGGGCACAGGCACAGGCGUCGCCGCUACGCGGCGACACAGCUCCCAUCUGGUCGCGCACAGAACGCCCAGUCUGGUUGAUGCGAGGCGGCGACGCAGUUCACACGCAAUGCCUGCAGGCGGUGCCGGGAGCGGCGCGGGCGCAGUUGGAAGGGAUCGCAAAAAGUCGUCUGUGGCACUGGACAUGCGCGAGGUGGAACAGCUGACAGCGUCGGUGACGCCCGGCUCACAGGAAGAGCUGCGCCGGCCACAUCACGACUCUAUUAUGAAACGCAUUCCUAGUGGCGCGGAGGCCACAACUGUGCUGGUAGGCGCUGUAAGCUUCCUAGAGCAACCCACCAUCGCGUUCGUGCGGCUUGCACAUGGUAUUCUUAUGCCCUCCAUCACAGAGGUGCCAGUGCCCGUGCGGUUCAUGUUCGUGCUUCUCGGCCCUCCCGGUGCAGACCUCGAUUACCACGAAGUGGGCCGCUCCAUCUCGACCCUCAUGGCCAAUCCCUCAUUUCACGACCUCGCGUACAAGGCGGAUGAUCGCAGAGAAUUGUUGUCGGGUAUCAAUGAGUUCUUGGAUGACUCAAUAGUGUUGCCGCCGGGUGAUUGGGAGCGGCAAACGCUCCUUCCGUUCGAGGAACUGCGAGCCAAGAGCGAAAUGAUCCGUCGGCGUAAACGCGAUGCGCUAGAGCGUAGACGCGCGUCCGCCGCGGGCGUGCCCGAUGAGAAACAGGCGCUGCUAGCAGCAGAGAAAGCUGCGCUGCCAUCAAAGGAGGUCGACGAUCCCCUCUCCAGAACGGGUCGUCUAUUUGGAGGUGUAAUCCGCGAUAUGCGUCGACGCUACCCUCACUACGUGUCGGAUUUUCGCGAUGCGCUUAAUGGACAAUGCGCUGCCGCUGCGAUAUUCAUGUACUUCGCGGCGCUCUCCUCCGCCAUCACCUUUGGCGGCCUGCUCGCCGAAAAGACCUACGGACAGAUCGGCAUCUCUGAAACACUAUUAUUCACGUGUCUGGGCGGCGUGGUGUUCGCACUUGGUGCCGGGCAGCCAAUGAUGAUAACGGGUGCGACGGGGCCGUUGCUGCUGCUUGACCAAUCGCUUGUAGAAUUCUGCCGCGCCUACGGCUUCGACUUCCUCGCUGCGCGCAUGUAUUGUGGCCUCUGGAUGGUGGUCAUCGCACUUUGCGUCGCCUCCGUCGAGGGUAGCGUCGCUGUUAAAAAGAUUACCAGGUUCACCGAAGACGUAUUCGCGUUCCUUAUCUCGCUGAUCUUCAUAUCGGAGCCGAUCACGAACAUGAUCGGAGUGUAUCGCGCGCACCCACUAGGCGUAGACUACUGUGCGUUUAAUAACAGCACCGGCAAUGCCACGGCCGCGAGCAACCUGACGGCAGCGUCGGCGCCAGGUGUCGCCAAUGCGUCGCUGCCAACAGGCCUGCCACCGGUGCCGUUUGCACCGAAGCCUAACACUGCGCUCUUCUGCACCAUGCUUACGCUCUCCACCUUCGCCAUAGCCUAUUAUCUACGCAUCUUUCGCAACGGGAAAUUCCUGGGCCGCAGUGCUCGGCGAGCUUUGGGUGACUUCGGUGUGCCUAUUGCGAUUGCGCUGAUGGUGGGCAUAUCGUGCGCGGUGCCCGUGUGGACGGAGACGCUGCGGGUGCCCGCCGGUCUCAACCCUACGGCGGCCCGCUCCUGGCUCGUCCCGCUCAAUCCCGGGCUUGAGACCAUCCCAAUGUGGGCCGCCCUCGUAAUGGUGCUACCCGCGUUUAUGGUCUACAUUAUCGUCUUUAUGGAGACGCAUAUUGCCGAGCUAAUCGUGGACAAGCCGGAGCGACACCUACAAAAGGGAAGCGGGUUUCACAUGGACAUCGUGAUUAUGUCGUGCGUAAACGCUAUGUGUGGCGUGUUUGGUGCGCCAUGGCAGUGCGUCGCUACCGUACGCUCCGUCAGCCAUGUGUCCGCGCUUACCGUCAUGUCCACCACACACGCGCCUGGUGACAAGCCCUACAUCAUCGAGGUUAAAGAACAGCGUCUGACCGGUCUAUUGGUCUCGGUGUUGGUGGGCAUCUCGGUGCUAGCGUCGGGUUGGCUGCGACUAGUGCCCAUGGCCGUACUCUUUGGCGUGUUUCUCUACAUGGGCAUUUCUGCGCUGGGCGGCAUCCAGUUCUGGGACCGCUGCAUCCUGCUCUUUAAGCCUGUUAAGCAUCAUCCACAGGUGCCAUACGUGCGCCGGGUGCCGACGUUGCGUAUGCACCUGUAUACUGUGAUCCAGCUGGCAGGCAUCUGCGUACUGUACGCCGUCAAGUCAUCCAGAUUCUCACUUGCGCUUCCCUUCUUCCUGGUGUUGAUGGUGCCGCUGCGUAUGUCACUCGCGUACAUCUUCACUCCGAUGCAGUUACGAGCGCUGGAUGGGGCUCAGAAAGACAUCGACAAAGACGACGAGCCAGACUUCUACGAAGAAGCACCACUGCCGGGAUAAGCUAACAUUGCUUGUAGUAUCUAUAAAAACCGUUAAGAAUUUAGAUUAAGAAAAUGAUGUAGAUAAAUAGAUAAAAUAGAUAGGUGUAAAUAGUAUUAAGUAUUGAAAGACAUGCAUACUCUAAAUAAAACGUAACCAUUUCAAACACACAUGCAAUGAAUAAGAGGCGAAUUCUGACUGGCAGGCUACUUAAAGACUCCAUGCGUCCAGAAAAUUUGCCGGCGUGUGCGCAAUGAAAUGUGCAAAUUACUUUCUGUUCGUCGUAGUAAAAUUUGAGGCGGGGCCAUAAAUAUACGAACUAACGCACUUUUGUAUAAUGCAUUCAGUUUCGUGUACGGCCGCUUGUACAUUUUUUGGCCAAAUUUGACAUUUAGUGAUGUUAGUAUACGUUAGGCAACACUGUUCUCGAUUCUGAUCGAUUUUG